AUGUCUACUGGCGCUAUAUCCGUUAUACUCGCUAAAAUUCCGUUCCGUUUCCAAGGCUUGACCAUUAUCGGGAAAUCAUUCUUCAUCCUCGAUCUCGUCCUCUUUUCUGUUUUCGUUAUUAUUAUCUCGAUACGAUUCCAGCGCACUGGAGCUCUAUCGAAAUCUCUCCAAACACCUCCGGAGGCGCUCUUCUUUGGUUCUCUUUGGGUCAGCAUUGCCUUAUUGUUGAAUUGUAUUCAAGCCUACGGAGUUCCGGUAUGUGGCCUUUGGCUGGUAAAGACCCUCGAGGUCUGCUUCUGGAUAUACUCCACUUGUGCUCUCUGUGUCGCCAUAGUUCAGUACGGAACUAUUUUCGUGGGACAGCGAAUGCCAAUCUCAUCAGCCAUUCCUGCCUGGAUAUUUCCUGCCUAUCCAUUUCUCGUUAUUGGACCUCUUGCAGGGACGCUCCUCCCAAGCCAGCCAGCCGCUGCUGCGCUACCUAUUUUUAUUGGGGCCGUCGCGUUCCAAAGCCUAGGGUGGCUGAUUACGAUUUUUAUGUACACUAUCUAUAUAACCAGACUUCUCACUAGCGACCUACCUCCGGCAUCUACGCGACCCGGAAUGCUCAUUAGCGUUGGUCCCGCAGGAUAUACAUCUACUGGGCUUGUUGCACUUGGUCGCCAAGCGCCGAGUGUGAUACCCUCCGCAUUCCUGGGUGUCGAAACGCUCCCCGUUGGAGACGUUGUCAAGAUUCUCUUUAUUAUGGCUGGGAUGUCCUUGUGGCUUGUCAGUUUCUGGUUCUUUGCCCUAAGUAUCAUAGCUAUUGGUACCGGCAUCCGCCAGAUGCGUUUUACACUUAACUGGUGGGCAUUCGUCUUUCCGAAUGCGGGUAUGUGCCUUGCAACAAUCGAGCUAGGGCAAGCCUUGAACAGCAGUGCUAUUAAGGGGGUCUCUUGUGCCAUGGCAGUAUUACUCAUAGUUGCUUGGCUUGUCAUCAUGGUGCUCAACAUUAUCGCUGUUCGUAAGCGAAAUCUUCUGUGGGAAGGCAUGGAUGAUGAUCACGGAGUAACUGUAUCGGCGGACUAA